AUGCCGCUGCUGCUGCUGCACGCCGCGGCCCUCGCGACGCACGCCACUUGCCGCCGGGCAGCGUUCAGGGUGGCUGCGCUGCUGCCCGCUUCGCUCCUUCUGCCUGCCUCCGCCGCCGGAGAGGUGGAGCGGCUUCGCAGCGCUGACGGCCUCAUCCGCGAGCUCAAGUCGCAGUGGUCAGAUCUGACCAUUGACUGCCGUUACGGCGAGAUGCGGCGCGAACUCCUCUCGGCCGAGAACAAAGAGCGGCUGCUGGCGGAGGCGUCGAGCACGUCCAAGAGCGGCACAACCGUCACCGUGUGCAAAAGCUCGGGCGUUCAGGUGCGCAAGGCGCUUGCCGCGGCCGACGGCGCCGCGUACCUGGCGGGCAACGACUACUCUGCUCAAACCACAUUCAGGAGAGGCGAGAGCACAGACACGCCGAACCUCGACGCCGCCUUCCAGAGCGUGAGCGAGGCGCAGCAGGCCCUCGCCAGGAUCCUCGAGAUCGUGCAGGCCGGCGGGUGA